CUCGGAUUCGUAGCAAACAAUGAGCAGCACGACGUCAUCAGAACGAGCAACUCGGUCAAUACACUCGACACAGGAACGUCUAUAUCUUUCACCAGAAGAAGCGCGUCGUCUUCAGGAUCUCGCAGACCAAGUUGUAGUCGACACCACCGAGUUCUACGACAGGUUCCGGUUUAAUGAAAAGCGCGUCGUGGAUCCGAGCGCCUGGAAAGAUGUCGGCCACCGCGACAACCUCAUCGUCUACCGCGAGCGGUCGGGACCUCGUCCAACGUACCCGUCGAUCCGAGCUGUGGACGGCAGUUUGCAGCUCGUUCCAUGCAAAUCUGCACCGUCCGUAAAGAUCGUGGGGAUGCUACAGGGGACGCUGGACGACGAGAUGUACGGAUGCUUCGUCGACAGUGACGACGCCGUGAAGAUGAGAACAGCAGUUGUAAAUGACGCGAUGGAGAACUUCCACUGGCUUGCAACAAUUGCGGAACCUACGCAAGACGAUCCGUUCCGAUUCUGUGGUGUGGCACGUUGCACAUUGGGUAUGACGCUCCCUCUGGCCAAAACUCGAGGUGCUUGUCUGGUCAUUUCUAUGGGGAUGACCACGACGCAGCAUGGAGAGCGCAUGGGCUACUACGUGGUUCACUCGGUGGAUCUAGCGGAGCCGUUAACCAAAUACAACUAUAUCCGAGCCAAGUGCUCUCUAUGCUGGCUCAAGACGGAGCUGCCGAACGGUAAGGUCGAGCUGUACAUGAAAGGGUUCGCUGCUCCGAUGGGGAUUAUCCCGGAGUUUGCAGCCUUCCCUGUCUUGGUGAGCUGCGUGCUGGGUAUCGGUAUGACCAGUGACGCGGCGUACUCAAAGAAACUGGCGUGGAUGAUCCAAGACGCCAGUCAACCGGGGAACCACUCGCCUCUCCCACCCAUGAUCGAGUGUGUUGGACGAUGUAAAAGCACGUUCGGAGGGCCCAAGAGCAAUGCCACUUUCCGACGAUGUCUGGUGUGUCGGAAAGCUGUGUGCAACUCGUGCCAAGUCGUGCGCAAGAUUCCAGUUGAUGUCACGAAUGGCGCAGUAAACUUCAGCAGGUGCAGUGUCUGCAUCUUGUGUAUGCACCAAGCGAAGGCCAUGAGUGCAGUGGCGUUUGCUCGGCGUGAUCUGCGCUCCAAGACGUGGAAGGGCGUUGACGCUGCACGGACAUCUGUCACUAGUAGCACGGAGCAAGAAGUUGUGCUCACUCCAUGUCCGGAGCGACCAUUUUACGAGACAAACUGA